UUCUCCCGGUAGUCUGACUUUUUUUCUUCGAUUUUGUCCUUACUUACAUCAAAAUCGGAUGCAAAAAUAAAGGCACUGCACUUGUAUGUUCUCCUUCUCGAUGCUGAAUUUGUUAAUCAUAAAAUUGAGGACCGGUGCUGCUACCUGUGUGUCGCAUUUUGAACUCUGACGCUCAAUAAUUUUCGUCACUAACAACGUCGAGAAGAGAUGGAGCUGGCCAAACCCGCACCAUAGGGGCAUACUAGUAAGGAGAAGUGAUUAAAGCCUCUCCGUCUCAAACAUGGAUGGAGUACGAAUGGUAAAGGUUGACAACUGGGCAGCCUUUUUUCUCCAGAAGCUUCAGGCUUUGUACACCAGAGGAGAUUUUACUGAUCUAACGUUACAAUUUCAUACCAAUGAAUGUAUAAAGGUUCACCGAUUGGUGCUAAAUACUUGUACAGAAUAUUUCGAGACAUUAAUAAAAGAGAAUAAUGCCUCAAAUCACAUGCGGUUACCACCUACCUUCCAGUCUGAUGUUGUGGUUCCUAUCAUCAACUUUAUGUAUUCUGGUCGCCUUGAGUUCAGACCAGAACUUCAUCAAAGACUAUAUAAUACUGCAAAGAUUUUAAAUAUGCAAAUUUUAACUAAGUUGCUGGAUACCCAUGUUGGUGCUGCAACUACUCCCAAGCCACAAAUACAGAAGCUUAAGCAUCUUACUGUUCCUAUAAAUUCUCCAUCACCUGUCUCAGGAAGUCCAACCAUCAACUCCCGCUUUUCAAGACCUGAUCAUGAAGCUGCUGAUUUUGUUCCUGGCAAAAAACUGCCCAUUUGGAAGAAAAGGACUGUUCCAUCAUCAAGUUUUUCUUUGAAUGUGAGCACACCAAGAGCACAGCCAGAGGAACCUGCUAAGCCAACACGUUUUGAAUGGCCUGAGGAUGGUGAUGCUGACUCUACACCCAUUCUGUAUAGUUCUACAUUUGAUGAUAUUUCAUAUGAUUCAGUUCCUAUUGUUAAAUCUAUCAACUCUAUUGUCCAGUCAGCACUUCCACCAUCCCCUUCUCAGCCUCUAGUGCAACUUCCCCAGCAAAGGGUUAUGCCAGCUGCAACUUUUGAGUCAGUUUUUCAGUCAUCUAGUUUGAAAAGAAAUCCAUCAACAAGACCUCAAGCCAAUCAAAUAGAAAGUUGUACACCGAAGAAAAUGAAAGUUGAAAUUGAUGAAGUAAAAGAACAUGUUCAGGCACAAGAAGUAAGGAAAACUUUACUAUCAGAUGAUACAGAACAAGAAAAUGAAGAUUUGGAUGAUUUUUUACCUGUUGCUGAUAACGAUGCUGAUUAUGAGGAAGAAGGUGAAGAUAUGACAAAUGAGACAGGAGACUUACUUAAUUCUCAGUCUCUGCCCUCAACCCCUUCAAAUAAACAGAAUAAUCCAAAACCGAUUCUGAAGGUUCAGGCUCAUGACAGUCCUGACAGUAAAGAAACUACACCUAAGAAAAAUGUACGAUUCCAUUUGGAACCUAAAGUGCAUGCUGUGGCGUCCACAUCAGUUCCUUUGGAACCUCAAGCCUCUUCUGGGGAUGCUACUUCAGAGGGCCAAUCUGUAUCUGAAUCUUUAAUAGAUAAUCCAUCAUCAGAAUCUGAAUGCUCUGAGCCGGUCCCUGAUCUUGCUGCUGUUUCAACAAAACAGGAUGUUGGUGGAAACGCAUUUGAAAUUCGAGCUCCAUUAAAGAAAAUGGGAGAUGGCUCCCCAGUGCAAACAAAUCAUGCUAAAAUAAUUGCUGAGGUCUUGAAGAAAUAUCCAGAUUUAGUAAAGAAUAACAAAAAUAUCAGACUAAAGAUUAUUCAAAAAGAUGGUUCACCUGCUGUCAGUGUCGAAAAAUCAGGAGGUCAAGGAGAUAGUAAACCCAAGGUGUCAUAUAUGGUGGUGAAAGCUGAUCAGUCUCUUAGAAACAAGGCACAAGCUGAAGAACCCUUAACACCAGAAGGUGUCUUAAAUCGAGAGGGCCCCUGGUUGUGCUCCACAUGUGAUGUUGAGAGACCGAUUAUUUUUGACACGUACUUUAACUAUCGUAAACAUUUAAAGGACGUGCACAAGGCCAAGAUUGAUGUCAGGAUAUGUGAACAUUGUGGUCAUAGAGCAAAUAAACGGAACCUAUUACUGUACCAUUUGUACAAGGUUCAUGGUGUACCACCACCUCCUAGCUGCAAGUUUCCCAAAUGUGACCAAUGCGACCAUAUUGCUCUGAGUGAAGUUCUUCUUGCUAAACAUAAAAACAUCCACAUGAAUAACAAGGAUUAUCAAUGUAGCAUGUGCCAUGCAUCAUUUAAGUCUCAUUCUACUCUUCAAUCUCAUCUUGAAAACAGUCAACGAUGUAAUCCAAGGAAAAAGAGCUUUAAAUGCCCAGUCUGCACCAAAGUAUUUCCUCUUCAGUUAAAUGUAAAAAACCACAUUCGAACUGAUCACCCAAAUUUGAAACUUUUGGAAGACAUGGAUUUGGUCCCGGCAAGGACAAUAGAAACUCAUGUUUCCCAAUUGCCUGAAGAAAAUAUUGGUCAGGAGCAUCAAACAUUGCCUCAAGUCCAGGUUCAUCAUCAACAGCAUAGUAUAGAACAAACACAACAGCAACAGGUUCCACAUCAGCAUGCCCAUAGCCAGCAGGAAGAGCUUAAUCAGCACCUUCAGGCCCAACCCAGCAUCCAAUCGGAAGUACACCAACAAGCAAGCAUGAAUGCACAGCCACAGACUACUUAUAUACUGCCCCCAGGCGUCACUAUUCUAACAGAUAACAAUCAGGCUCUAAUGCCAUCAACUGAAGCAGAAGCUUUGAGCAAUGUUGCCAGUGGUAUUGCAGCUAGCCUAGGAGUUGGCGACUCUAUGGUUGUGAGUGAUCAAGGCCAGCCUCAGACAUUUAUUGUAGUGGAUAAAAACCAACUGAUUCAGAUUCCCGGACCUGGAGGCGCUCCCGGACAAGUUCAUGAGUACAUUGUUCCUGAGAUUAUGACCAAUGACAUGAGCCAGGGUGUGUGUGCGUAUGCACCAGGGCACUUAUCUCAGUUAGUGCAAUACACAACCGCUGGAGGUUUACAGCAACCUGUGGCUGUCUCCACAUCAGAACAAGGCCUUAUGACGAUCACCACAGUCAAUGCCAAUGGAUCUAUAGUGAACCAUACCGUUCCCCAACAACCAGGCAACCCUUUGAUGGAAACAGCUAUGAUGCAAAUUCCACAAGGCCACAUUCAAGAUCACAGUGGAGGUGAAAUCACAAUGAUUCUUACUGAUCAUGCCUACAGUGAAGGGAUUGUGCGCGAAAAUGGAACAGUUAUGCAAGCAACUUCUGUGCCAGUUUCUAUGAACAUGGUGCCUACCAGUGCUGUUGUUUCAGUUGUCUCUGCUGUGCCAACAAUGCCAACAACAGUCCACACCAGCACUAUGGGUGAAUCUGGCAUGGUUAUAACACCAGUGUGCAGUAGUGUACAAAGUAUUCCUACUAUGGUGCCAUCAAGCAGCAUGGCAGAAAGUGCUUCAGUAAUAACUUCCAUGCCUGUAUCCAAAGUAGAAUGUUCUGCUGAUGAAAACAGCACAUCUAUGGCUCUUGAGUCCGAUCAGCAAGACACAGGACCCCCUACUCAGAAAAUGGCUGAGUUGGCUAGUGAUUGGGAUGAUGUCGAAGAGAGUGAAGACCAUGGUGGACUUCAGAGGUCUGCUGAGGACAUUGCAGAGGAUGCUGCCUUACCAAGUCGACCAUCUAUUCUCCUUAAAAGUGAACUUGAUGCAGAGGACCUUCCAGAUAAUUUACCUAUAAAGAUGACAUAGUUUUCAUUGACUGCAAAUGCUGCUUUCAUAUAAAAUGCCCACUAUGACCUGUACAAGAAAAUGAACUAACUGUAUUUUCCCAUUUGAUCACAUAUUUAUUACCUUUUCUUCAGUUUUAGCGAAUCUUGAUGAUAAUGAUGAUACAGUAAGCUGAGAUAUUUUAUUUGUGCAGUGUACUUGUGUAUGAGUGACUUUGGGGUUAUGCAUAUGAAUAUUAUUUCAUCUCUCUUCGUGAGCAUUUAGGAGACUGCUCAACCUACAAUGUUGUCUGAAAGUUCACAAAUGUCAGUAAUCACUUGGAAUAGCAUUUGCAAUUGCAGUGGGAUGAGGCCAGAAUAUCAAGAAAUUGGCUGUGAUAACCUAGUGCAAAUAACUUCUGGGAAGACACAAUUUUCUAGUUAUUCUUGCUAUUGUAAGUUUUGUGAAUAUUUUGUGUGCUCAGUGCGCUUUAUUACUACUCAUCAGUUUGGGUACAAAAUCAAUUUGUACUCUGCCAAAAGAAAAGGUGUUUGUUUAACACUGACAUUCAUUUCUUUGGCAGUACAUAUUGAGUAUGGAUGGACAAACAACAGCCAAUGCCUUUUUGUGUCUAAACCAGCCAACAACAAUUUAUUUUACCUUAUUCAAGAAAAAUUAAUUGUUAUAUUGAAAGAUUUUUCAAUUUUAAAGCAAGAUUUUGCUUUAAAGUCCCCCAAAAGUCAUCUUUAUGCUCUCAAUCGCUUUCAAGUGAUCCUUUUUUGAAUUCAUUUACCAUCCCCUGUAGGUCAGUGCUGAAUUGCCUCAACAAGUAGGUUACUUUAGUCAAUGUUCCUGUCACUAAAAUAUUAGAAAACACAACAUAUUUUCUAAUAUGAAGCCUUGAGAAAGGCAUCUCGUGCAAACUGUACGGUAUUGCUCUUUUUUUAAGGAGCUGUGGAUUAGAAAAUGUAGGCGUAGGCUGGAAAUAUUGGUUUCCAUUGAUCUUGUGCAAACCCUUCCUCUAGUCAUAUUAUCAGCAACACUGAAGCUGGUAAAUUUUCACUCUUUUCAGUUGCCAUAAUUUUGAUACUUGCGUUUUGACUCUCCCAGGAAGGAUUUGCACAUGGAUCUUUCCGCGAAUUCAGGGAUUAUAUGUACACAUUGUCAUCUGCACAAUGACAGCAUAACAUUUGCAAAAUGAAUUAAGAAUUAUGUCAAGAGUACUGCGCCCCAAAGCACUUAAGUCAGUAAAAAAGAGUGUUUUGUUGGCAAACUUUUGCCUUUAGGACCAUAUUCCUUACAUGUGACAAAAUCACAUGAUCAAAAGAUUAGCCACUUUUAUGUAGAUGUUACUCAUAUAGGGCCACAUUUGUGUUUGUAGGACAUUCCUACUCAGCUAUUGAGUUCCAGAUUACAUAGCAAAUGUUAAUAGGUCCUUCUAGCAAAUUGUAUGUAUUUAAAUACGUAGAAAUAAGCUUACAGUGAGCCUUUGCACAGUUUUGGAAUGCCUUUGUAUCAAUCUUUUUCCAACCACGGCAUAUUUUCUGCAAUUAUUUUAACUAAGAUGAAGAUUGAGUGUAGAUUGUCGCUUGUUUGAGAAUUUGAUUGAGCACUGAGCUCAAAGACAUAAACUUGUGAACAUUAAGUGAGUGAGUGACACUUAAAUUAAUUGACUUCAAGUGUGUAUUUGAGUGCAUGUGUGCUUAUGCAUUCAUGUAUGCAAUUUAAUCUAGGUGUUGGCCAGAGCCUUCAAAGUGAAAUGAGUUGUUAGUUUUUUAUUACAGUGGAAGGUGCUAUCCUUCUAUGUUUAUUAGAUAAUCACGUCCCUCAAAUCAGACUUGAUACCAGAAAUGAGCAUGCAUGACCAAGUGUAGUUCUGAGUGUAAAUUCGUUAUGCUGUUCAAACAGAACUACGUAAAUUUCUAUUUCCCCCAUAUCUAUGUUUGUAAAAUUCAUGUAUUUUAUUGUACAUGACGUUAGAGCCCUUUCUUUGUUUUUAGUAUUGAUUGAUUUUUAUUGUACCGAGUCCUCCAGUGGUAUACAAACAUCACAUCAAUGAUUGUACAUUAAUUAGAAUUUCAUGAACUGUAUCAUUUUGUCUGCGCCCUUGUCAGUAACAUGUAUAUAGAAGUUAAGAGAAAUUGAGUAUUACAUUUCAACUUGCUAAUCCAUCAAUGUGCAUCUACUAAAAUAAAUGUUUUUCUUUUUAUAAUCAUAUUUUUUAUUUGUUCCUCCAUUGGUGCCAGUCACCUUUUUAUCACUAUUUCUGUGACAAGGCUUGUUUGUCAAUCCCUGUUCAGCUGUCUUCUCAACAUACCAACCUCUCUGUGCCUCAUUUUCUUUUGCUUUAUUGCCUUGUCUUUAUUGAUUGAAAUUUGCUGAUCAGAGAGUACUGUUUCUAGAUUAGCUCUUGCUACUUGGAAUUCUUAUUGUUUUUCUUUGAAAUGAAAUGUGUGCAGGUUAAAUAAUAAAGUUAAUUCGUUUUUAA